UUAUAUAUAUAUAUAUAUACUCUCUCUGUCUCUCUCUUCCCGCACGCGUGCGCGUACGCAUAUGGACACUUAAAAGCAUAUUUAGUCAUGGCCGUGGCAACCAUGAUUAAGCAUAUUUAAGCCAAAGCUUUGAGGCAGAGAGAGAGAGAGAGAGAGAGAGAGACCGUGCAUGCGAGGAAAACAUAAAAUCCAUAAUGGACAAUAUGUGGGUUGUGUUAGGGACAGCAAUUUUCCUGUCCGCCAUAAUUCUCUACAGGAACUGCAGGUUUCGACUCAUCAGAUCAAAACACAGAAGCCCACUUCCUUUAGGCACUCUUGGUUUGCCUUUUCUCGGGGAAACCAUCGAGUUCGUGUCUUUUGCUUACUCUGACCGCCCAGAGUCCUUCAUGGACAAACGUCGCCGCAUAUAUGGCAAGGUGUUCAAGUCACACAUAUUUGGGAGCCCCACAAUCGUUUCAACGGAUGCAGAAGUGACCAAAUUUGUUCUUCAGAGUGAUGCCAAGACUUUCGUGCCUUCUUACCCCAAAUCUCUCACUGAGCUCAUGGGGAAGUCUUCUAUUUUGCUCAUCAAUGGCAGCUUGCAAAAGAGAAUCCAUGGACUCAUAGGAGCCUUCUUCAAGUCCCCUCAUCUCAAGGCUCAAAUUACUAGGGACAUGCACAAGUAUGUUCAACAAUCUCUGGCAAAUUGGAAAGAUGACACUCCCAUUUACAUUCAAGAUGAAACCAAAAAUAUUGCCUUUCAAGUACUAGUCAAGGCAUUGAUUAGUUUGGAUCCUGGUGAAGAAAUGGAGCUUCUAAAGAAACAGUUUCAAGAAUUCAUCUCUGGCCUCAUGUCUUUACCCAUAAAAAUACCUGGAACUAAACUCUACAGAUCAUUACAGGCAAAGAAGAAAAUGGUUAAGUUAGUGCAGAAUAUAAUCCAAGCUAGAAGACACAGUGGGCUCUCUACGGUUCCAAAAGAUGUGGUUGAUGUUUUACUCAAUGAUUCAAGUGAGCAAUUAACAGACGAUUUAAUAGCAGAUAAUAUGAUUGACAUGAUGAUUCCGGGAGAGGAUUCAGUGCCUGUUCUUAUGACUUUAGCAAUAAAAUACCUCUCCGAUUGCCCCACUGCUCUACAACAAUUAACAGAGGAAAACUUGAAGAUGAAAAAACUCAAACAACAGCUUGGGGAGCCUUUGUCUUGGAGUGAUUACUUAUCAUUACCAUUUACACAAACUGUGAUUACAGAAACUCUAAGGAUGGGAAACAUUAUAAUUGGGGUGAUGAGAAAGGCCAUGAAAGACGUAGAGAUAAAAGGGUAUUUGAUACCAAAAGGAUGGUGUGUUUUUACAUAUUUUAGGUCGGUUCAUCUUGAUGAAAAUCACUAUGAGUGGCCUUACAAGUUCAAUCCAUGGAGGUGGCAAGACAAAGACAUGGUGAGCAGUUGCAGCUUCACUCCUUUUGGCGGUGGGCAAAGGCUGUGCCCUGGGCUUGACUUGGCCAGGCUGGAAGCUUCCAUCUUCCUCCAUCACUUUGUUACUCAAUUCAGGUGGGUGGCUGAAGAAGAUACAAUUGUUAACUUUCCCACUGUAAGAAUGAAGAGGAGGAUGCCAAUUUGGGUGAAGAGGAGAGGGGACCCUUGAGAGCUGCUUUGGCCAAAAGGAAAAUUUGAAGAAGUGAAAAAAAACUUCGACACAAUGAUACAGAAGAGAGACGUGAAAAGACAAAGAAAUGAAAGUGGAAAGAAGUGAUUGGCCACAGCACACACGUGGGGUGGCAUCACAAGCUGACAUAAUUUGUCCUCUUUCACAGCUAUUGCACGUAUCAACACUAGAAGUACAAAAUUUUUGUAGGACCCAGUUGAAUAUCUCCCCUUAAUUAUUUACUGAUUAAUUUCUCUUUUUUAACUUGUUGCUUUUUAACUGGGCAAGAAAGCUAUUUCACCAAGAAAUUUCCUCUUUUUUACUUUGUAUGUAGGAAUUAAAAUAAAAGGGAACCAAGAGAGCAACUUUUGGCUU